AUGAGGUGCAAUCUGAUAGAAAUCACAGUUUCAAUGCCAACAAGAGACAAUGCUCAAGUCUACAUCAAACACGCCGCCUGUCGUCGAAACAAUCUACCAAAAAGCCGAGUUUGGACUUUCUUGCCUCAAAAUGAGCUAAACAACACUAGUCCCAAAAGAGUCACACUGGCGCUAGCUCAGAAGAGGAAGUAUCUCAAUGCUACUUUAGCUUACCGCUUUGGAGUAGGCGAAGGACUGAUGGGGGGCACCAUGGAAUCACCCGCACGAUGGAGUAGGGCUCUGCCCCUCUAUAUCUUACAACCGGAAGACUCCAGUAGUGGUUGGAGAAAGCCGGUGGCUGGGAUUCCCAACCACCGCAUUUCUUCACGGACCCUCAGAAUUCCCCAUCCACACAAAAAGAGAAAUGAAAUGAUACCUGGGCUCCUCAUAACGGUGUCCGGCAAGCUGUUUAAGGAAAACCGGCUGAAUAUAAAUAUACAUCUUCCCAUAUCAGCUUUCUCCGAAGUUUCACCUACCACCCGAUUAAGGACCUCUGUAAAAAUGCUACUCAGGUUCAAUAAUGUCUUGCUGUCGACUGCACUCUUCGCCCACCUGUCGAGUUCUCUUCCCUUGAUAUCACACCUGCCCCGGGCAGUGCCUUAUUCUGUUAUUCAGGUCGAUGGAGGGCCUGAGACGCCGACGACGGAUGUGCAUGCCACAGUCACCGUUGAUAAACCUGGGCCUACGCUGCCACCAGUUACCCAUACGGCAACGAUCACCAAGACGAUACAGCCCCCCGUGUCGACAACUACAACUACAACUCUCGCCCUUGCCAACAAUAUCGAAACCCACAAUAACGAGCUCGCCGGCAUCAAGCACGUCGACGUCUACGCCAAAAACAUCCAUUUCAAGCGCAUCAAGUUCAAGCACACCAACCUCAAUGCCUACCACCUCAUCACAUCAGGCCACUACAACAACCUCGGCCUCUACGAGCAGUCCAACAACUACAACCCACACCACAUCUACAAGGCAUACAUCCACCCCAACCCGAUUUCCUACUGCACCUACAAUGACACUUCCGCCAGUGUCCUCUCAUAUGUCUCUUCCAACAGACUCAGUCAUCAGCCCAACACUGUCUACAUCUAUGACGUUUUACAUGCCGUUGCUCACCCCCCGUGUUGGCCCGUGAACUUCCAGCUUCACCUCGAAAGAUUGAGAGGUCAAUUUAGGAGCUUAGUGCCGGCGAUGAUUGUACAGUGGUAUUAG